CUCUGAGCAGAAAUGUGAUCUCCGGGAAAGUUCUUUGGCAAAAGUUGAGAGUCAAAGAAGGAAUGCUUCAAAUUUCCACUGCCCGUCUCCAGAUUACGAGAUUAAAGAAACAAAAAAUAUAUACGUGGACAGUAAUGAGUCCCUCAAUGGCACUGAAGGGACAAAUUCAGUUAAAGUUUUGAAUGGAGUGGCAGUUGUACAAGGAAGGACACGCACUCCGGUUGAGAGGUUUGAAAGGAGAGAGAGAUUAAAUAGUGAUGAAGUUCAGGCACCUGAUACAACCCCUCAAAUAAUACCUAAGACCCCUCAAAUAAUACCCGAGACGGCUAAAAUAUCCCCCGUGUUAUGGUUUCCCCCCCUCCCCCAAAAAUAGUUAUCUUCUGUGGCUAUUGUGCAUAGGUAAAUCGAUAUGUAAUUUGGUUUCAAUUUAUAUCACCUCUCACUCUCACAGGAUAUUUUGAAUAAGUAGACUACAUUAUUUUGUUAUAUGUAGAUCCUAGUAGUCCAAAUCCAACUACCUUCACCUCUAUCGUGUCUAGUUGCCGUCAAUUACCACCAUAAAGAACUGGUCACUAAACCGUAAUUAUUACAAGGUAUCAACAAAAUCAACCUUUAAUGAAAUAUUUAUACAUUUUCUAACAAAUACCUUUCUCUUUCUCUCAUCCCUUUGUUGGACCCAAACCUCCAUCAACCAUGAAAGCACCACCAUUCCCUUUGCAACCCCCUCUGUUACAGAUAACCACCACCUCACGCUAGUUCGCUCACCCAAGACAAACUAACACUAGCUUUCAUAUCUACCAUUCAUAGCUCUAAUCAAUCAACUCCAUUGCAAAAUAUUUAAUCAAUCCUCAACUUACGUAUCUGUAGAUGUAAUGAAACCAUAGGCUACAACUCAAUUGAACUAAGCCUUUCUCCCAAUUACUUGGGAUUGGCAUGGAUCCUAUUAAGCCAUUUCACCAAAUUCUUAGGAUCCAUGUUUAUAAAAGGAUUGACAAAGUUAUUCAUUAAAAGAAUUGACUGUGUAAAGAUAAAACAGUACUAACAGAUAAAUUAGCCAGUGUUAAUGGCUUGUUGUAAUGAGAGUUGUGUUCCAUUCUGGACUAUCUAAAAUAAAACCUUGUAUUUCAGAUUUUUUAUUUAUUUAUUUUUUUAUUUCAAGGCUUUUCUCUCAUAUAAUGCAGACAUAUUCUUAGAUUUUGUCAAGUAGUCUUUUGAAUAUUUAUCAUGCUACUUGGAAACUUACAGAAUGGACAUCCACAAAUAAGUGAAAGGGAGUUGACAUCUGCAAAUGAUGGUAAUGCUGCUGAAGAUCUGAUGUAGAAUCAUGAUGUAUUCUUAAGUACCCUUUGGUCUCGCUUGACAAAAUUACAGGUGGUGUGCCAUUUUUUGGAACGGAAUAAUAUCAAGGGUGCUAUAGAUGCUACGAGGAAGUUGCCUGAUCAUUCUGUAGGUACAAGCAGACCUGAUCAGUGUUCUCAUGGAGAAAAUGAAGAUUCUUACCUUAGGUUUGCACUAAACAAGAUGGGGGGCUGAUUUGAAGAAAAUUCAAACUGUUUGACAGUAUAUGAUUGAGAUUUGUAAAGUUGUAGGGUUAAAUCUCCAAGGAGCUAGAAUUUUUAUGGUCUUUAAUUUGGCAUUGUAAUUCAAAUUUGAGCCAAUCUAUGUUUUUUUAUAUUAAUUAUCAGUUAAUUCUCAAUCUCUGUUCUUAGUUAAAUGUAUAUAAAUUCUCCGUUAAUUUUCAA